AUGCCAUCACAACUGGAGGGUGCGAUGGAUACCUUAAUCAGAGUCUUUCAUCAUUACUCUGGAAAAGAAGGGGACAAAUACAAACUCAAUAAAGGAGAACUCAAACAACUUCUCAACAGUGAACUUACUGAUUUCCUUGCGUGUCAAAAGGAUCCCCAGCUGGUUGAUAAGAUCAUGCAAGAUCUUGAUAUUAACAGAGAUAAUGAAGUGGAUUUUAAUGAAUUUGUGGUUUUGGUUGCUGCUUUGACUGUUGCGUGCAACGAUUUCUUUGAGGAGCAAAUGAGGAAAAAAGGAGAAUAG